CUUGCGUCUCCCCCACAAGCCUUGGAAGCACAUCGAACACGCUGCUAGAGUAGAUACUUUCAGGAUGACGUCGUAGUUAUACUUUCGAAGAGACGUCGAAAUGAUGACGGCUGUCCUUGGAAUUCGAAAACUUUGCCUGCUCUUUGGUUUCACCAGCAUAACAGCUGUUCACGUUCACCCUUGGAACGAAAAUCCGUAUGAACCAGCGGCCCCGCUCGAGCCAGAGCAUGCAGACAACGAUGGGAGCGGGCCACCAAAGAGAGCGUUUGAUAUCUUUUACGAAUUUUCUUUUCUUUUCUGGCUGGGCUAGCCUCCUUUGGUCCCUCCCUCUAUUGCAUGUUUAAACUUUCCCUGUCGUUGUUGUCCAAAUCUAGUGUUCUUACUGCACCAGCUCUUCAAGCGCUGCACUUUCCCUAUUCAUUCUCUAAUUUCAUUAUAACUGCUAACAAACUUCUAAUGGUUGUUCCUUUCUUCCUUGUAGAACGAAGCAGACUUCUUCUACUUGUGAUAGUUGGACUUAGGCAAAGCUGGGAUCAAUAUGAGCGAGCAUUUGAUUUCUAUUAAGUGAGCUUGAUUCCAUAGCCGUACCUGCUUUUCUCGCGAACACUUUCCCCACGCACGACCUUCAUUCCCCCGGCGGAAACCCGGCAAAAGACCAAGUGAAGGACAAUGCACAGCAGGAUUUGGAUUACCCGUCAUGCAAUUGCGUAGCAGACUGCUUCGCGAUGCUGAUACCAGGUAUGCCGCCGCUGGUAAAAAACUACUCCUGUGAAGCUGCAGAAGCGUUUCAACUGCAAGAGGAAGAAGGAGAAGCGACAGAUGUACUUUCUCUGACGACUAAAACUAGACCUAGCAUAAAUCCAUCUUGGUGAGCAUCCUGGUUCCCGUUUUCCCUUGAGAAACGGGACCAAGAUGCCAGGGAAGAUGCAUUUACUGUAGCCUUAAUAAAACUACUCCUGUGAAGCUGCAGAAGCGUUUCAACUGGUAUGACGAUGAACAGGAAAUCGAAGUUUGCUUACCAAUAGAACAAGAACUUCUUGCUUUUUUUUCCCCAAUAGACGGACUUGUUUUAGUUAUUUACUCUCUAAAUGUUCUUGAACAUAUGGAUAUGCCACAAGGUACACAAGAAAGCCCUCUCCGAAGCGCGUUAUUGUGCUGUUGUGGUCAACAAGCGGGGACGAGAGGAAUUGACCACGCCUGCUAGAUUUUGCGCUGUCCAUUGCAAGCCACCGCCUAGCCAUUGUGAGGGAGAAAGCGGAUGCGAUAUCGGUGACCGGUGUAUUUCUGCUUGAACUGACGGCACAGUACUUCAUAUUUCAUCCUUGUUGUAAAGCGACCUUGCACAGAUAAUGAAGAUGCAGCGAGGAUUACUUAUAUUUUUUCCAUUUUGAUAUUAGCACUGAGGUCCAUCGAGAUUGACAUUGCCGCUUUUAGAAAGAUAAUGCACCUCGAGAACAAAUCUACCCAUGAUGCAUUGACUGAACAGAAGCUUAAGCUUAUGCUGGUGAUAGGAAAAAUUGUGGAUCAUGCCCUUCAAUAAUGCACCUGCUGUCAACAACAUAUGUAAAAAAGUACAUCUGAGAUCUACGACUCGUCAUAAUCACUAUGGGAAAGAAAAAUGUCAUUUUGUCUCUUGG